AUGACAGGAAAAAAUUCACAUAUUGGGAGUGAAGCUGCAGUACCUAGCUAUGUCGAGGCCAUAUACCUGGGUGGUGGUGUUAAUGUAGAACCUCAAGGAUGUUCUGUCGGAUUGGGCGAAGGACAAGAUUCAAGUGUAACCUUACACCAAAUCCCUUGUGGUAUUAUUGGUAAUCAUGGGGAUAGUUGUGGGAAGGGAUUAAUUGACAUUGUAGAACUCCAGUCAACCGUUAGAUCGGGUGUUGUUUCUUCAGAUACCUCAUCAUUUGUAACCCCAAGCCGCACUACAAAUUGUAGGAGCGUAGACGACAACUUUUUUGGAAUCUCUCCCCGUACUUCAAUCCAAUCAUGUAAUGUAACCCCUAAUAGUAGGAUUCAGAAUAGCAUGACUAAUUCAAAGGAAGGACUCCUUUGCACUCCUGAACACGCCGUACUCGGUGAUAGACCCAACGAGGUUGGAGGUACUUCCUAUAUUGUCACAAACGAAGAAGUAGUUCCCCCCCCCCCCCCCCCAACCGAAGGGCUUAUUUUUGGAAGUUGGGAGGAUGUUGAGGAGUAUUACAAGAGAUAUGCAAAACAACAGGGAUUUGGUGUGUGUAGGCCGCAAGCUACAUAUAAUAAAUUGAAGGAAAAGAGGGGUACGACAUGGAGGUGUGAGUGUUAUGGUGACCCUUACAUGAGACAGAAAAGGGAGGCAAAGAAAAGAGCAAAUAAUAUGGAAUUGGGUGGUAGCUCGGUACCCGAUCCACCAUGUAAGUUGAAUCGUAAAUCAAAGAAGUGUCAUUGUACCGCCAUGUUGUACGCUAGUGUUAACGGGGACAAUGAAUGGGAAGUUAGGAAGGUUGUGCUAGAACACUUGAACCACCAGCCUACACCAAGCAAGUGGAGGGGCGUGAAAGAAUAUCGAAUGGCUACUGCUAGUGACUACUUUAAGGAAGGAUUAAUAUCCAGGUACGAAUCUGGGGCACCGGUGUCACAAGUCAGGGCUAAUCUAGCUGAACGCUUUGGUGGGCUUGAAAAUGUUAUCCUUGCUGAAAAGGAUAUUGUACACAUAGUUCAAGAACGAAGGAGGCUGAAAAUGGAAGGUGGGGAUGCAAAUGCGAUGAUGAACUAUUUUGAAGGAAUGCAAAAGGGUAAUGAUAAAUUCUUCCAUGCCCACAGACUUGAUGUCGAAGGUGGUCUGAAGGACAUUAUGUGGGUUGAUGCUAGGAGCCGUGUGGCCUUUAACGAAUUUGGCGAGGUCGUUUGUUUUGAUGCCACUUACCUCACAAACAAUUAUGAGGUCCCCUUUUGCAAUUUUGUGGGGGUAAAUCAUCACGGGCAGUCACUUUUGCUUGGUUGUGCGUUGUUGUCCCACGAAGAUGUUGAUACUUUUAGUUGGUUGUUUAGGCAAUGGCGCAUAUGCAUGGGUGGUAGAUGUCCGGAUGCCAUUUUAACAGACCAAGCACCGGCUAUGAUACGACCUCUGAGGGAUGAGAUGCCGGAGGCUCGCCAUCGUUGGUGCCUAUGGCACAUAAUGAACAAAAUUCCUACCAAACUUGGUUUUCAUCCCAAGUAUAAGGAGUUGAAAAAGGUGAUAAAGCGAGUUGUUUACGAGAGUUUGUGUGUAGAGGAGUUUGAGAACAGGUGGUCUAGCAUGAAGGUUGAUUUUGAAGUUGCAAACCAUGCUUGCCAUGUUUGGCUCGACAGCUUGUACAAGGAUAGGGAAAUGUGGGUACCUGCGUUUAUGAAUAAUAUAUUCUGGGCUGGCAUGAAAACAACGCAGCGUGUCGAGUCGAUAAAUUCAUUCUUUGAUGGUUUUUUGGAGAGAAGCACAAAGUUGUAUGAGUUUCCUAAGAAAUAUUGUGAAGCUAUGAAUAAAAGAUGCAGUGAUGAGAAAGACGCGGAUGCUAAUAAUGCGAAAUAUAUUCGCAAGUUGAUAACUGGUUUUAACAUUGAGGCGGUAUUCCAGAAGCUUUACACAGACAACAAGUUUAGGGAAGUGCAAAUACAAUGUGAGAAGCUUUUAUAUUGUGUUGUGAAGGAGACCAAAGAAAUAUCAAAGACGAAGUUUGAAUAUGUGCUGGAGGAUAGGGUUUGGCUCAUUAAAAAAGGUAAGAGUGAAGAAAUAUUGACUAAUCAUCGGAGGUUCUAUUUGGUUAAAUUUUGUGCCGAGGCAAAGGAAGUCUCAUGUAUGUGUAAGAUGUUUGAAACGAGGGGUAUUCUAUGCAGGCAUUGUAUACGCAUACUGGAUCAAAACUUUGUAGUUGAUGUUCCUGAGAAAUACAUCCUUCGUAGAUGGAGAAAAGAUGUUUACAGGAAGCACAUGCAUGUGAUCGUUUCUUCCUAUGAUCCUACAAAGACAGAGGUGCUGAAAAGGUUUGAUAUGAUGAUGAACGUAUUUGAGCCUAUUUGUGAGGAAGCGACUUUCAACGAUGAGAUUCUCAAGUUUGUAGUCAAGGAAUUGCAAAGUCUUGAAAUAGGCGUGAGGGAAAGGGUAUGGGCAGCCAGAGAAAAACAACAGUUUAUUCCUUUAGAAUCCCGCGCUUUAGACGAGGCUUCCCAACAAAGUUGUACCACACAGGUGAAGAUUAAGAACCCUGUAAGCAGGAGCAAGAAGAAAAGGGACAGACCUUUGACCAUAAGACACAAGGCUGUGGGUGAGAAUAACAUAUGGACGCAAAAAUCAAAGGCAAAAAAUAAGGUCACGGAGGAGUCAUCGAAAUCGGAUGAUGAGGUCGUUGAAGGGGUGUCUACUUCUGCGACAGAAUGGGUUGGAAAGUUACAGGUGAUAAGUAAGCUGAAACAAAAAGCCACGGAAAUGCUUGGACUUUCACAAAAUACUCCGAGUAUAGGAGUUGUUCCCGAUGAUGAUAUAUUGUUAUUCCGAAAUAGCCUUGGGUGGGAAGACCAAGCUAACAACCUUGUCAUUCCCUUUUCCAUUAAAUUAUUGAUUAUUAAUAUUUUGUAUUUUUUAUAA